AUCUAGGGGGUGACGAUGGGAGAGUCCUUGGUGCCUGAAGAGAGUUGAUUGCCCCCUUUUCCUCCCCCUUCCACCCAAUAUUUCCUCAUCUGUCCCUGACGUCUUCCGGUGGGUGGGGAUGUGUGUGGACAGAUCGGCAGGUCGGGGACCAUGGAGGCUGAGGAAACUUCAUGAACUAGGAGGUGAAGAUGCAGACGGCAGAAUUCAACAAGAAACAAAAGGGCCCAGCCAAAAACAAAGGUGCAGAUGACCCUGACUAUGAGAAUGUCAUCUUGACCUUCAGAAACCAGGGCCAGCCAAGGGGCUGUCAUUCAUCACCCAAGAGUCAGGUCCCCACCCAGUCCACACCAUCUUCAGACCUUGCCAAGAUCCCACACUGGUUUCACAGAGCCAUCACAAGCCUGUACAUUCUUCUUGCUGUGAUUUUUAUCUUCUGCAUCAUUCUCUCAGCCUUGGUCCUGGUGAAGAAUUCCGAGAUGUCCCAGGAGCUGCUGGCCUUGAAACAGGAGCUGUGGAACAACUCCAACUUGGUGCGGGAAUGUCAGGAGGAGCAGAAGACGGGCAGCGGACUUCUCCGGGAGGACAUCCAGGAGACCAAGAACUUCAUCAAGUCCAAUUUCCGGGAAGGGAACGGGAAACUGGAGAAGCUUCAAGCAGAGGCUCUUUCCCAUCUUCCUCCUGCCCCUUCCUACCCCAGAAGUGACUCAAAUCAAGAAUAGCAUAGAGAAAAUCCCUGAGACACUGGAGAAGAAGAUGAAUAAGCAGCCCAUGCCUCAAUAAAUGAGGAGACAUUACAGCAACAGUCUGCAGCUUGGAGAAGGGGCUGCACCUCCCAGUGAAGACAGGAAAUGGAGGUCCCAGCCCAAUCUGAACCUGCCUCACCCACCCCGCCCACCCCCCCAUUCCCACAUAUAGAAAUUCAUGUGACAUGGUGAAUGAGUGUUGUGGAGUUGUGUAAGCAUUUCUUGGAGAGUGGGCGUUUCAGCACAGCCCCCAGGAAUGUGUUGCUCUGAGCCUGGAUGGCACAGUGAGUGUAGUAUGCAUGCGUGGUUCACUGUACUUGUGAUGUGCCUGUGUGCACUGCUGCAUGUUGUGAGUGUAACCAUGUCAUGGUGGGUGGCUGUCAGUGAGUACCACAAAAAUGUGUCCCUGUGAACGUGGGUGCUGGCGACAUGUUGUUGUGUGCUUGCUUCACAAGCCUAAAUAUGUGUGUGUGUUGCAGUAUGUUGCAUGUGCAAGCAUGGCGCAGUGGGGGUGUGUGGUAUGCACCAUGAAACGUGUCACUACGAACGUGUACCCCUGUGCUAUUGUGAAUGGGUGCAUGUCAAUGCGAAUGCAGCCUGUUGAUGUGAUUACAUCACCAUGUGUGUUCAGAGCAUAUAUGCGUGUGUCCAUUUGUUUCUGCACUUGUGUUUUGUGACUCAUGAAGAUAAAAUCCAAGGGAAAAUCA